UAUUUAUCCUCGUCCAUUGGUAAGCACUCACGUGGUGGGAACGACGAAGGGGUUCUCAGCCGCAGCGGCAAGGGCGGCAAGGCCGGCGAAGAUGAUGGCGGUGAAGGAACGCAUGUUGAUUAUGGAAGAGUCGGAUUCGACGGAUUCAGACGUGGUCGUGGACGUGGUAGUGGUAGUCGAAGGAGGUAUUGAUAAAGCUUUAUGCAACUGGCACGCGCUCAAGAGAUGGAUGAAGCACAAGCAGCGAAGCAAGGGAGUGUAUGUUGUUCCGAGAGAAUGGACGGAUGCUCCGAGGGGUGGCCAAAGGACGGACGGGAUUAUGCGCAAAGAGAGAGCGACGUUGAUUCGAGGGUAAGCCGAGAGGAGCAAGCAACGAGCAAAAGCCAGCGGCCAUGGGGGCACCUUUGUACUUCACGAGCAAUAAUCUCGCAGUCAAAUGAAAUGAUCGCCCGCAGGGACGACAGAGCAGCAACAGCGGCGAGUCCAGGCGGGCGGCGCUCUAUCGCUGGGCGGGGCCGCGGCUCCAUUGAGCGUAGCGUGAAGGAAGAUGCCUGCCCGGCACUUUCGCGAUGCUGCGUGUCUCGCCAUCCGGCACACAGGCACAAGCACACACCAACACAUCCACAGUCCCACAGCAUCGCACAGAUAAAGGGGCGGCAUGAACACUUUUUCUUCUUCACCUUCAACUUCAGCUCUCCAUGUGUUGUUGACGCGACACAAAAGAGGACGAGGCAGCCAUGGCCACCCCCAUUCUUGUGCACCACGCAUCGAGGCGCAGCAGCGCCUCCCUCGACCACUCCUCCUCCUCCUCCUCCUUGCUCGACGCUCGACGGCAAUAAUAAUCCCCCAGUGCCAACUGCCAUGUGCGGGCUCCUCCAGACGUCGCUAAUGCAGGGGCGCGCCCCGUCGGCGCAAAGCUCGCCUCGCUGUUGGUCGCCUUUACCCUGCAGGCGCGGCCCGAGCGCCGCCCGCCGCGGCUCUAUUCUGCCAAGGCAGCUGCGAAGCCGGGCUCGUCUGGGCCCGCGUCAUCGGUCGCCUCGGUCCUCGAGAUUCCCGGGCAGGCUGGUGUAUUAGAUAGAGAGCGUUUGAAGUAAUAAAUUGUAUGUAUCCACCUAGAUGCCAUGUCGUCCCAGUAGCGCCCGUAAAUGUCUCUCGGCUGCGCUGCGCAGCCGCC